CGACCGCUCGUGGAGAAGGACAAGCAGCAUGGGCGCCAUGGACACGCUGAAGAAAUGGGACUUUUACAAGAAGAUCCCCGAGGACCUUACGGUGUCGACGCUGCCGGGCGUGAGCCUCUCGCUCGUCGGCUGCUUUAUCAUGUUUGUGCUCUUCAUCCUCGAGUUCAACAGCUACCUCAGCGUCAACUACCGCUACGACAUUGUCAUGGACGAGGGCCUCGACGAGAUGAUGCGCAUCAACUUCAACAUCACGGUGCCCGACCUCCGCUGCGAGUUUGCAUCGAUUGAUGUGAGCGACAUGACGGGCACGCGCAAGCACAACAUGACCAAGGACAUUUACAAGAUCCGCAUCGACUCGAAGCGCCGCAUCCUCGGUAUGUCGGCCGAGGAGCAGCCGAUGCCCGUGUACGCCGACGACUCGGUCUACGGCGAUCUGCCCGAGUCGGACGCCGUCGUUACGAUGCUCGACGAAGCGACGUUCGAGCCGUUCCUCAAGGAGCACCACUACGUGGCUGUCGAUUUUUACGCGCCGUGGUGCAUUUGGUGCCAGCGCCUCGAGCCCGUCUGGGUCCGCACGGCCAAGACGCUGCCGACGCUCCACAUGGGCCAGCGCAUGCGCGUCGCGUCCGUCGACUGCCAAGCGCACCCCGAGCUCUGCAUGACGCAGUUUAUCCGCGCGUACCCGACCAUCAUGUUUUACAAGGACGGCGACCUCUCGCCGGUCGAGAUGUACCACGGCGAUCGGUCGGUCGAGGCGUUCACGGAGAAGUUCCGGUCGCUCUUUGAAGGCGAGGCCGACUACGCCGAGCAGCGCAAGAAGGAGAUGCACGAGAGCGACAAGAAGGAAGCUGCGACGAAGGGCGAGCUCAUCGCCAAGGCGCCGGGCGCCGAGGGCUGCCAGCUCUACGGCCACCUCUACGUCAAGCGCGUGCCGGGCAACUUCCACGUGCACUUGCAGAACCCCGCGUACUCGAUGGACGCGAGCCUCGUGAACGCGUCGCAUACCGUCGGCGAGCUCUGGUUUGGCGAGCCCGUCCCGUACAACGACCUUGUCCGGUUGCCCAAGGACGCGCACGCGAAGCUCUACUCGCACCGCCUCGAGGGCAAGGAGUUCACGGCGUACCACAAGGAACACACGUAUGUGCACUACAUCAAGGUCGUGACCAACGCGUACGUGCAGUCGAACGACGACGUCAUCAACGUGUACAAGUACACGGCGCACUCGAACGAGUACGAGGAGAAGGACGACUUGCCGUCCAUCAUGUUCCGCUACGAUCUGAGCCCCAUGUCGGUCAAGAUCACGGAGGACUCGGUGCCCUUCUACCACUUUCUCACGUCGGCCUGCGCGAUCAUUGGCGGUGUCUUCACCGUCAUUGGCAUCCUCGACCAGAUCAUCCACCAAACCGUGCGCGCCAUGAACAAGAAGGUCUUGUAAAUCGUCCUAAUUAGCAGCAUCGCGAUGCAACCCCA